AUGGCGACUCAAAGAUUAAUCGACACCACCUCCCGCGUGCGCAAGAAGCCCAUGCGCAUCCUCGUGCUGGGCAUGUGCCGCACCGGCACAACAACCAUCACUCUCGCCCUCCGCAAAUUAGGUUUCACCCCCCACCAAAUGCGCAACGUGCUGUCCAACCCCUCGGACCUCGCCCUCUGGCAAGAAGCAAUAAACCUCACCUUACUCCCCCCUUCAGAUCGGCCUGCCCACCAACGCAACCAAGCACCAUACGGCAAACAAGACUUUGACAAACUCCUCGCAGACUAUGAUGUCGUAGCCGACCUCCCAGGCUGCCUCUUCGCAAAAGACCUAAUAGAAGCAUAUCCCGACGCCAAAGUCAUCUUAACUCUCCGCAACUAUGCAGACUGGGAAGAUAGCAUGCGGGAAAGUAUCUGGUGCCUGGAUACAUGGCGCUUAUUCACUUUCUGUCGCCAAUUCAAUCUUACCCAACUUGCGCCCCUGAUGCAGCUCGUGCAUUCGGCGUUUAAAGUGCAUAGUGCGAAUCAGUAUGGCGGGCCCGCUUCAAAAGCUGCCUACGAAAAACAUUAUGAGGAAGUGAGGAGUGCGGUUCCUAAAGAGCGGCUGCUGGAGCUUGAUAUGGAUGGGGAGGUGGGAUGGGAGGCUUUGUGUGGGUUUUUGGGGUCGGAGGCGCCGAAGGAGGGGUUUCCGGUUGUGCAGGAGGAAAAGGCUAUGCGGAAGGGGUUAGAGAGUGCGUGGUGGGGUAUGGUGCAGUAUUUUGUGCUGCUGAUUUUGUUGCCGGGAUCGGUAAUCGUUGGGUCGUACUUUUUGUUUGUGUACGCGGAUGUGCUGAGGGAAUAUAGAGAUAUGCUACUUUUGAUGGUGAAGAAGUACAUGGAUACUGGGGAGUGGUAG